AGGUCACUCCUUCGUUCCUCCCUUCCUUCUCCCCUCCCGGCGAGGAGGGGCCGAGGCAUCCAGGCUGGUCGUCGGGCCCCCCUUCAGGACUGCGGUGCAUGUUCUCUCCCUGCGAGUGCGUGAGGCGAGGAGGCAGGAGGACCAUGAAAAUGAUCCGGUUUCGGAGCUCGAGCAUCAGGUCUUUGAGCCAGGAGAUGAAAUGCACCAUCCGACUGCUGGACGACUCCGAGAUCUCCUGCCACAUUCAGAGAGAGACCAAAGGUCAGUUUCUCAUAGAUCAUGUUUGCAAUCACUACAGUUUGCUGGAAAAAGACUACUUUGGCAUUCGCUACGUGGAUCCUGAAAAGCAGCGGCACUGGCUUGAGCCCAACAAGUCUAUCUCCAAGCAAAUGAAAUCUCAUCCACCAUAUACCAUGUGCUUUAGAGUGAAAUUCUACCCACAUGAACCCCUGAAGAUUAAAGAAGAGCUUACCAGGUACCUUUUAUAUCUACAAAUCAAAAGAGAUAUUUUCCAUGGCCGUUUGCUGUGUGCAUUUUCUGAUGCUGCCUACCUGGGUGCAUGCAUUGUCCAAGCUGAGCUUGGUGACUAUGAUCCUGAUGAAUAUAUGGACAACUAUGUCAGUGAUUUUAAGAUUUUCCCCAAACAGUCUCAAAAGCUGGAAAGAAAAAUAGUUGAAAUACAUAAAAAUGAAUUCAGGGGUCAGAGUCCAGCUGUUGCUGAGUUUAAUUUGUUAUUCAAAGCACAUUCUUUAGAAACCUAUGGCGUUGAUCCCCAUCCUUGCAAGGAUUCAACAGGGACCACAACAUUUUUAGGAUUCACAGCCACAGGUUUUGUAGUUUUCCAGGGAAAUAAAAGGAUACAUUUGUUAAAAUGGUGUGAUGUCUGUAAAUUAAAGUUUGAAGGGAAGACAUUCUAUGUGAUUGGAAUUCAGAAGGAGAAAAAGGCUAUGUUGUCAUUCCAUACCUCAACACCAGCAGCCUGCAAACAUCUUUGGAAAUGUGGAGUGGAGAACCAGGCUUUUUACAAGUAUGCAAAAUCAAGCCAAAUCAAGACUAUGUCCAGCAGCAAAGUAUUUUUUAAAGGCAGCAGGUUUCGAUACAUUGGAAAAGUUGCCAAAGAGGUUGUUGAAGCAAGUUCUAAAAUCCAGAGGGAGCCACCUGAAGUGCACAGAACCAGCAUUACUCAGAGCCGUAGUUCUCACUCUUUGAACAAGCAGCUCAUAAUUAAUAUGGAGCCUCUGCAACCUCUUAUUCCAUCCCCAAAUGACCAGGAAGAGGUUCUUUCAGAUGAAGGGGAAGACCCUGCCGUCAAUUCCCUCCUGGUCCAGCAUGACCCCACCCCUGUGUUCCUUCCUGGAAGCCUGGCAGCUUGGGAAUCUGGCUCCUUCUCCAUGCCGCGUGAUUCUCCCUCCCGGGUUCGUGGCCCCAGGUCUCUCGGUAUCCAGCUGCCGAAAGAUGAUGAUGUUUCAAUACCUAUGAUGUCCAAUUCUCCUGCUAAGGAGACAGAUGAUAGUUCAGAUCUUUCUCUGGAAGAGGACGAGAAAAUCAAGGAAGAACCUUUAACCAUCUCAGAAUUGGUAUACAAUCCAAGCACCAGCGUCCUCCCCACUCCUGUUAAUGAUGAGGAGAUUGAUCUGCUCUUUCAAACCACUCCCAGGGCAGAGAAUGAGAAGGAAGAUACAGAUUCAUUUGAAGAACUAGAGGCAGAUGAAAAUGCAUUUUUGGUGGCAGAGGAAGAGGAGCUCAAAGAAGCUCGGAAAGCACUUAGGUGGAGCUAUGACUUUUUGAUGGGCAACAUGAAGAUAAAUGCUGUUGUGAAGAGUUUUUCCAGACUUCUUUUUGUUGGGCUUGGAAUACUGCUGGUCAUUUUCCCUCUUCUACUUGUGCUCCUGGAAUCUGACCUUGAUAUCUCCUUUCUCCAUGAAAUCCGCCAGACGCCAGAGUUUCAGCAGUUUCACAUUGAAUAUUACUGUCCUCUUAGACAGUGGUUGGCCUGCAAAAUAGACUUCAUUAGCCACCUGUUUAGCAGCUCUUAGACAUUAAAAAUAUGCGAUAUGACUAAGGGCUAUAUUCAAAACUAGUGAAUUUCAGUCAGUACUAGGUGCUCAUAAAUGUCCUGAAGGCCAUCUGCAAGUAGUUCUGCAUUUUAGAUCCGUAGUAGACAUCAACAUUCUUAAGUUUCCUUCCGAUAAUUGAAUAACUGAUUUAGGUACAUGGUGGCCUUUCAGUAACCAAAAAGUGGUUUGAUUUUUUUCCUUGUUCGUCUGUUUCUAUCAAUGACUGUACAAACUGAAAUUUAUCAUCUGUACCAUUAUAAGCCAUGAUGUCCUAAAUUUAAGCAUUAGCAACAGAGGGAAGGUGAUGCUUUUGAAUAUAUUCCUUAGUAAAACAAUCUCUACUAACCAACCAAUGCCUAUACAAGCAACACUGAUUGCUGGGGUGUUCUUUCUUUGUUCAAUUUUUCAUUUUUAAGAAUAUUUUUUAUGUAUUUACAAAUUUUUGGUAAAUUUUUAGCAAAAACAACUUAUGAAGAUAUUCAAUUGUACAGAUUAGUAAAACAAAUGCACAAGGGCAUGUCAUGAGUUUUUGAAACAUUUAUGCUACGUUUUUUUUUUUAAUUGAAAAAUGAAGUUCAUAGAGAUCCGCACAAGAGGGUGAGUAGUUGGAGAUGGAUAAUAGGCAGGGUCUGCUGGAUGGAAUUGAAAUGACAUUAAAUUAUUAAAUACCAGGUUUUGGAGGGCAAAACUACACAUCAUGAAGCAAGCAUGAGUUCCCUUGCAAUGGUAAUAUAGGGAUCAUUUGCAGAUGGGAAUUCACUGGCCAGGAGGACAUGAUUAACACUUUCUUGUCCCUUGAU